AUGGCACCUGUGCCUGAUCAGUGCCACAUUAACAUGACACAUGUGCCACGCCUCAAACACUCCUCACAAGUGGCCCCUGUGUUUAUGAACUCGCGUCUCCAGGGCCUUGUAUACAGACAUCGGCUGCCUCGCCUUGGCUGCAUUGUGAUUACACUCGGGGGAACCGAGGAGGAGGAGGAGGAAGCUCCGCCGCCGGACAUCACGUGGGGGCAGCCUCACUCCGACACUGCUUACUUUGACGACGACAUUCCAGCCAACGUUACGGCGGUAGUAGGUCACAAGGCGGAGCUUCCCUGCCGAGUGCACAACUUGGACAAGGAAGAUGUAGGUUUUGAUGUAGUUUCAUGGAUACGACAGCGUGAUUUGCAUAUCCUGACUGUAGGAAUCUUUACCUACACGAGUGAUGAAAGGUUUAAGGUAUUUCAUCCCGAAGAGAGCGACAUCUGGAAUCUGGAGAUAAGUUCAGUCACCUUCAGGGAUGCUGGUGUUUAUGAGUGCCAGGUGUCCACGAGUCCGAAGAUCUUCCUGCCUAUUCUUCUCAGCGUUGAAGUGCAACAAGCAAAGAUUCUCGGCCCAACAGAAGUCUAUAUCAAGAACGGAUCCACAAUCAGCCUCAUCUGCACCGUGAACACCCACUCGGAGAACGUCGGGGUUGUCACUUGGUUCAGGAAUAAUGCUGAGCUCGAUUAUGAUUCCCCACGGGGAGGCGUGAGCAUCGAGAUCGAAAAGACACUCUCAAGGACGACUUCGAAACUGUACAUCACGAGGGCGAUCAAGAAGGACUCGGGAAACUACACUUGUGCUCCACAGUUUGCCGAAGCUGCGUCCGCCAUCGUUCAUGUGGUUAAUGGCGAGGAAUCUGCUGCUGUACAGACUGGGAAUUCGAUAACACUGCAGAGUGACGUGCGGGUUCUAGGCCUAUCAUUGAUGGUAAUUUCGUUCUCAGUUACACGGUGACCUGCUGCUGUUGGAUCCCACUUUUAAACAAUCAUUUUAUACAAGAUCAAAGGCGUCAGAAUAUUUUUCAGUGGGCUGUAACUUCUACAAGUAAUGAUAUGAAAGGUGAAAUUCCCCCUUUGAACAAUACUGUUUUUUUUGUUUUGUCUUUUUUUUACCUUGUAUUUUCUGUAAAACCGCAAACGCAGAAAAAAAAAAUCACUUAGAGCAGAAAUAUUCAUAGUUAUUCAAUACUCCUGCCUUUUAAUACUGAUUUUCCAUUCACAGUAAAUACUGUAUGAAGACUAAUACCAGCUGGCACUAUGUUCGUUUUAACAAUUAAUGUCCUUUCCGCCACAGAUUUUAAAAAUACAUACAAAUCUAACCAAACGCCUAU